AUGAGUGGGAAUAAUAACCGAAUUGGAGACGAGUCGGAUAUGUUGAGUGGGUACGUCGUCCACAAGGUUGGGGUGCCGCCAAAGCGGAGCCUUGUGAAGGAAUUGAAGUUCACGUUGAAAGAGACGUUCUUUCACGACGACCCUCUGCGACCUUUCAGGGACAAGUCGGUUCCGAGAAAGGCGUGGCUUGGGAUUCAAGCCGUGCUCCCGAUCCUCGACUGGGGGAGACGCUACAAAUUCGACAUGUUCAAGGGCGAUCUCAUAGCCGGCCUCACCAUUGCAAGCCUAUGCAUCCCUCAGGAUAUCGGAUAUGCGAAACUGGCUAAUCUUGAUCCGCAGUUCGGUUUAUAUAGUAGUUUUGUGCCACCCUUGAUAUAUGCCAUAAUGGGUAGCUCGAGGGAUAUAGCAAUCGGGCCAGUGGCGGUCGUGUCCCUCUUGCUCGGGAGCAUGCUGCAGAACGAGAUCGACCCCAAACACAAGCACGAGUACCAACGGCUGGCUUUCACUGCUACCUUUUUUGCUGGCAUCACUCAGUUUGCACUCGGUUUCUUCAGGCUGGGUUUCUUGAUCGACUUUCUCUCUCAUGCUGCCAUUGUUGGGUUCAUGGCUGGGGCAGCCAUUACCAUAAGCCUCCAGCAGCUCAAAGGCUUUCUCGGCAUAAAGAAUGCUAAAUUCACCAAGAAAACCGAUAUAGUCUCUGUUAUGCGUUCCGUCUGGACUACCGCGCAUCAUGGGUGGAACUGGGAGACUAUUGUGAUAGGAGGCUCAUUCUUGGCUUUCCUGCUUUUUGCCAAGUACAUUGGGAAAAAGAACCGGAAGUUGUUUUGGUUUCCAGCAGUAGCUCCUCUGCUUUCCAUAAUCAUUUCGACAUUCUUCGUCUUCAUCACCCAUGCAGAGAAGAAAGGAGUUCAAAUCGUGAACCAUAUUGAGAGAGGCAUCAACCCUUCUUCUGUGCAUGAAAUUCAUUUCACGGGCUCGUACGUCGGCACCGGUUUCAGAAUCGGUUCCGUGGCAGGCAUUAUUGCACUUACGGAAGCCGUAGCAAUUGGCCGAACUUUUGCUGCCAUGAAAGACUAUCAGUUGGACGGGAACAAGGAAAUGGUGGCGCUCGGGACAAUGAACAUCGUGGGCUCUAUGACAUCUUGUUACGUCGCGACAGGAUCUUUCUCGCGGUCGGCCGUGAACUACAUGGCCGGGUGCAAUACGGCCGUCUCAAACAUCGUGAUGUCCGUUGUCGUCUUUCUAACUUUGGAAUUCAUCACACCACUUUUCAAGUACACACCAAAUGCCAUUCUUGCUUCCAUCAUUAUAUCGGCUGUUGUGGGGUUGUUCGAUUAUCAGGCCAUGAUUCUUAUAUGGAAGAUUGACAAGUUCGACUUUGUGGCGUGCAUGGGCGCCUUCUUUGGGGUCGUUUUCAUCUCUGUCGAGAUCGGACUUCUGAUAGCAGUUGCUAUAUCUUUUGCCAAGAUUCUUCUUCAAGUGACUAGGCCACGAACUGCAGUGCUCGGGAAAAUCCCGAGGACAACGGUUUACAGGAACAUACAGCAAUAUCCUGAGGCGACCAAAGUUCCGGGUGUUGUGAUUGUCCGGGUUGAUUCGGCUAUAUAUUUUUCAAAUUCCAAUUACAUUAGGGAGAGGAUACUGAGAUUGAUGGCUGAUGAAGAGGAACAACUUAAAGAGAAUAAUCUACCAAGAAUCCAGUAUUUGAUAGUCGAAAUGUCACCCGUGAUCGAUAUAGAUACCAGCGGCAUUCAUGCAUUGGAAGAUCUACACAAGACACUACAGAAGAGGGAUGUCCAGCUAGUUUUAGCGAACCCAGGGCAGGCGGUGCUGGACAAGCUCCACACGUCCACCUUCACCGACACGGUUGGAUACGACAAAAUAUUCCUAACUGUUGGAGAUGCUGUCAUGACAUUGGCUCCAAAGAUGGAGCCUUGA